UUGCAUGUGGAAUGGAAAAUGGAUUCCGGGUUUAUAAUGCAGAUCCACUCAAAGAAAAAGAGAAACAAGAAUUUCUAGAAGGCGGCGUUGGCCACGUCGAAAUGUUGUUUCGCUGCAACUAUUUAGCACUAGUAGGUGGAGGAAAAAAGCCGAAGUACCCACCUAACAAAGUGAUGAUCUGGGAUGACCUGAAGAAGAAGACUGUCAUUGAGAUAGAGUUUUCGACAGAAGUCAAAGCAGUUAAGCUGCGAAGAGAUAGGAUUGUGGUUGUCUUGGACUCGAUGAUUAAAGUUUUCACGUUCACACACAACCCCCACCAGCUGCACGUCUUCGAAACCUGCUACAACCCGAAAGGUCUCUGUGUCCUUUGUCCAAAUAGUAAUAAUUCUCUUCUUGCAUUUCCUGGGACACACACUGGGCACGUGCAGAUAGUGGAUCUCGCGAAUACAGAAAAGCCUCCUGUCGACAUACCGGCCCAUGAAGGAGUGUUGAGCUGUAUAGCUUUAAACCUGCAGGGAACAAGAAUUGCAACAGCAUCGGAAAAAGGGACCCUUAUAAGAAUAUUUGAUACUUCAUCAGGGCACUUAAUCCAGGAGCUACGAAGAG